GAACUAGGUAAGCUGCCUCUCAGACUCUCGGCACCAUAAAUCUUGUUUUGAUGGUUAAUUUUCUCUGUAAAGCAUUUCUCCAUGGGAGACGCACUAUUACAUCUUCAUCUACCCACGAACUGCUUUCUCCUCGAAACCCAUCAUCGUUAAUGUCUCUCAAGUUCAUCUCAAGCACUGCAAAUGACAACUCUCUUACUGUUUCAUACCUCAUAAACUCGUGUGGGCUAUCUCCGGAAGCUGCUUUAACUGUCUCCAAAAAUGUCCGAUUCAAAACCCUGGAAAAACCUGAAUCGGUUCUUGCUUUUCUCCAUAACCAUGGUUUCUCCAAAACCCAAAUUUCUGAAGUCGUCAAGAAAUAUCCAGAAGUGCUUGGAUCUGAUCCUGAGAAAACCCUCUUGCCGAAAUUUGAAUUUUUCAAGUCUAAAGGGGUUUUAAGACCCGAGCUUGUUAAAGUUUUAUGUAGUCACCCAUCCAUUUUACAUAGGAGCUUAGAGAACCAAUUGAUUCCUUCUUUUGAAAUCUUAAACGAUGUGUUCAAAUCAGAUGAGAAGACGUUUUUAACCAUUAAGCGCUAUUCUCGCCUUCUACUUCACGAUCUUAAAACUUGUGUUAGUCCCAAUAUCCAUACGUUGAGAGAUAAUGGAGUGCCAGAACCAAAUAUUGCCGCCAUCCUAUGUCAUUCUGCUCGGAUGUUUUUUACUUACCCAGAUAAGUUCAGGGAGAGUGUGGAGGAGGUGAAGGAAAAGGGGUUUAACCCUUCUAUGUUCACAUUUGUUACGGCUGUACGUGCAUUGAGGGCAAUGAGCAAAUUGACAUGGAAAAAGAAGAUAGAUGUCUAUAAAAGAUGGGGGUGGUCUGAGGAAGUCAUUUUAAUGGCAUUUAGGAGGUUUCCAAUUGUUAUGACAUUGUCUGAGGAUAAGAUUAUGGGGAUGAUGGAUUAUUAUGUCAAUGUACUUGGAUUAGAGUCGUCCUUUAUUUCUGAGCGCCCAGAACUUCUUGGAUACAGCUUGAAGAAGCGAGUUGUUCCGAGGGGUUCAGUUGCUAGAGUUUUGAUGUCGAAGGGUCUGGUCAAGGCCAGUAGCUUGACUAGAUUGUUUCUAUCUAGAGAGAAGUUGUUCCUUGAAAGGUUUGUCUAUCGUUAUCAAGAAGAAGCUCCUCAGCUGUUGAAGCUUUACACAGAGACAUUGGACUUUUCGAGGCAGCUCAAAAAGGAGUAAUAUUUGGCAUUUGAAGGAUUCAGACUUUAUGAUUCACAUGUGGUUGUCAUUUUACUUGAUUUUGUCAGUUCUUUUGGAACAUCAGUUUCUCUUGAAGAGUUCAUGACUCUAAAGUGGAUUCAAUUAUGAGUUUAUGGGGCCUCGAUACUGCUGUAAACUUUCUUGCUAUAGCCUAUUCUCGAAGAUUUGUUUAAGAUUUCUAAUCUAAAGCCUCAGAGGAAUGUUUUGAUGGGAUUAUCCCAGAACCAUGGAUCUUUUGAGUUGACCCGCCAUAUGUGCUCUAGGCCUUUUCUUAGUGGAUAUUUUCCAGUUCUUACUCAAAACAUUUAUCUCGAAGUGCAACAUGUCGCAAUGUAGUGGUUGAAUUUUGGUAUAUGUUAACUAUGGAUGCCUGCUAUUUUUAUUC